ACUCAUUCAGGAAAGAAGUACUUAUUUGCUGAGGUAAAGCAAAAGCUGAGGAGGGUUUUGCCAGUGUGCAGCUGGGGAAAGGAGCAGCGAAAAAAAUCAGAUGUGAUCUCCCCUCAGAGGUACCUGAAAUCUUGCCCAGUGUGAGGGCAGAUGAGGAUCAAAAAGACAGGAGAUUCUACAUCCUGACAGCUGCUUGUGGCAUCGGGACUCACUGCUCGUCGCCUCAUUAAAGAAAAGGGAAGAUAAACCCAGCUAAAGAGGGAGAGAAAACCUGGGAAAACUUUUAUCUGCUCCUAAUGGACCUAGGUACAUCUUCAGAUUCUUUGCUUCUCCCUGUUCUAACUUUUAUGAUAUGAGAAAUUUAUUUUCUCCUUAGAGGCUGAGCACUUGCCUGAGCUGUGAUGCUUUCAGCCCCUUCAGAAGAGCAGUGGCUGUAGCAACCUUGGGUUGCAGUUUCCCAGCAUCUUGAAAGGAAAGGAUGAGGACUUGUCCCUGAGGAAAGGGAAGUAUCAUUCAAGAGAGAAUGGAUGGAACGUAUUCAAGCCUGCUUUGAACUGCACACCAUGCUGCAAAUGACAGAAAGUGAAAUCUCCCCUUGAAGAGGAACAACCCAACAACUCCCCUAAUGAGUUUGAAUUGUCAGCUCCGGCCCGAGCAACUAUUGCCCUGAGCAAUUUGACUUUUCUAAGUUUCAUAGUUGAGUGCAUUUUAAACGAAUCUGAAGACUUAUUUUGAGGUGGGGGGAGAGAGAGCGACACUUCAAGAGAGAAGUCUGUGUCUAUUCCUAUUAUCGGUGGUGAAGGUUUUUGUGCUUGGAGAGUGCCCUUCCUGACUUGGCCCCUCCCUUUGCAAAAUGAAGGGGUGCACCUGGGUGUUCGUGGCAACUUUACUUUGUCAGCAGUUCUGCCUCUUCAGAGUUAUGGCAGCAAAGAGAGAGAGGAAGAUGAAGAAGGAACCUAAUCAGUACACUGAGCCUUUCAAUGCUACCCUCUCAAACAGUGAAGAACUGCACGGGCAUCCCAAGGUCCUAGAAUCUCCAGAUCCUCGAAUCACAGAUCCACGGCGGACCUGGAUCUCCUUUGUUCACCGCCCAGAUGAUGGCAAUACCUCUAAACGAAGAUGCAAAGGGAAAGACAAGAAAUUACGUGGCCUGGUUGGGCCCCCAGGACCUCCUGGCCCCCAGGGACCUCCAGGAGCACCUGGUGCUGAAGUCACCCGGGAAGUCCUUCUGCAGGAGUUUAAGGAGAUAUUAAAAGAUGCCAUUGAGCGUCGAGCGUCCCUGGCUAUUUCAGCCCAUCCUAGCCAGCUGCCUCCACUCCUGCUCUCCUUGGAGGAAGCGUCACCCCACAGACGUGUCGAGGAGGCCUUCCAUUGCAAGCUAAAAGGACAAGUCAUUGUAGACAAGAAGACCCUGGUAGAACUUCAGAACUUUCAGUCGCCUCUGGCCAAAGGAGCUUUUCUCCGGGGGACAGGAUUAAAUCUGGCAACAGGACGUUUCACAGCACCUGUGUCUGGCAUCUACCAGUUUUCAGCCAAUGUCCACAUUGACCACAGUGAGUUGAAGAGUAAAGUCCAGCUCCGAGCCAGAGAUAAUGUCCGAGUGUUGAUCUGCAUUGAGUCUCUGUGCCACCGAUACACGUCUUUGGAAGUCAUCGCUGGUCUGGAAAGUAACAGCAAAAUCUUCACUAUCUACGUACACGGCUUACUGCAGCUGCAGGCUGGCCAGUACACCUCCAUAUUUGUGGACAACAGUGCUGGAGCUCCUGUCACCAUCCAGAAUGGGUCUGAUUUCAUGGGCAUGUUCAUGGGCGCGUAGCGUGGGCUGCAGCAGCGUGGCAGGGAAGGACGUGAAUCAGAACCUUGCAGUGUGUAUUGGACUGAAGAAACCUUUACUUUGCCUCUUGAAGACUGCUUCCUGUAACUGUUGGCAUCUUUUUAAACAAGCAAAGAGCCUUUCCUUUCACAGAUACUUCAGCUUGCUUUCAGAGGCUACUGCUUCUCAAGGUCCACUCCGGUUUGUUCAUCUGAAAAAAAAAAAAAUAAUAGACUUUUAUAAUUCAGAAGCAAACUCUGUAAUAUUUAAUUUGUGCUUCACUGGAUGCUCACUAAACAAUACACUGAGAUUUGGAAUUUGUUACCUUAUAACUUUAUUUCACAAUAGCACUUGUAAUCAGCAUGUUUUUGGGGGAUUAAUUGUGGGGUGUUUGAGCUUGUAAAUGAAGGAUUGAGAGGGGAAGUAAAAUAGUGACUAUAUUCUAUGUGUUGUGGAGGAAGAAGACAAAGAUUUGCCAGCAAAACUGCUUUUUUCAUACAAUUGUAAGUGGUAUAGGUCCUCACUGAUGUUCAGGGUUGGAUAUAUUUGACAAGAAGCAUGUUGAAUUUUCAGACAGUGCCUGCUUCAAAAAUGGGAAUCCAAGGUCUGAGCUCUUUAAUUGUGGUUCUUUAUUUCUAAGUAUUUCCUUGAUCUUAUUGAUGAAGCUGAAUACCUCGCUGCCUGCGCAGUUUUGUUUUUAUGAAAAGGUGAGGCCAAAUGGCACCAGUUCUAGCAUGAACUCCCUUACGUAUGUUCUUAUGUUUUAGUAAGAUAUACAUGUGGUUUUGGACUGCGUCACGUAAACAGGAUCCUCUCAGGUGCCGUGAAAUUGAUUGUAAAUGUGUCAAAUGCAUCACACGGGGUGUCAAAAACCUGGCAAAGACAGUGAGGGUUGCAGCCCGGGAUCAGAUGUGUCACCUCUUUGCUGCUUGUUGAACUGCAGCAAAAUAACGACAGAAAACAGGAGGCAAAACUUAAUUCCAUCAGGUGGUCAGGGGGAGCCUGUCUGAGCUCUACUAGGAGGUUGAAAGUGCUGUCAAAGACCGUCCAGUGAACGUUUUCUGCAUUUCUACAAAUCUAUUUGCAAAUGUAAGCGUGUGGGAUUGAGCCCCCAAAGCAGCUUUGCGUAUAGCUCCAGGCUAUAAACUCAUUUUAACAAAGUAAAAGGGUGUUGACAUUUCAUGGGGUUAAGGUGUUACCCACGAUGUGGUAAUAGCCUUGUGAUUAAAAAAACCACACUCCUUUAAUGUGGCUCUGUAACUUUCCCUUUCAACAGACACCUGGCCCUUUUAUUGAUUCAACUUAGCAGAGGCAAUGAUUGUGUAACUGGCAGAAAUAGACAGUAGCAAGGCCCCAAAAUAAAGUCCAGAUACUUGUUCUUGAAUGUUUGCAGUGAAUGGAAGAGAUCCCUUGGAAAGCGUUGCAGUUUUUGAUCAACUGCGAUGUCUUUGUGCAAUGAAAAGGCAGAUUGCUGGGGACGGCAGAAGGCAUGAGAGAAAUGUCAUCCGUGGCUGGGGCUGCUGUUGAGGUGCCUCAAUAGAUGAUAUUUCUGCAUCCCCAGCACCAAAGCUGCUGAGAUGGAUGGUUGCAAAGAUGUCUUGUUUCAGGAGCUGUGGAAAAAUCUGCUGUAACACCCACACGGCUGAAACCGUUUGUUUUCAUCUCCAUUAUAAAUACCUUGAGACAGAUCUUUAAGGGCACUAAAUGGUAUUUUUUCCUUUGUGAAGAACACAUUGAAGUGAUGCUUGCUGGAGGAGGAAGGAGAGGCAAUAAUCAAGUUGUGCUGCUACACAAGUCAACACAGGUAAAUUCCACUUCCCAGUCAGUGGAAUGCGGUUGUUUCAACUGGACCCGUGUCUAAAAUAGAGCAGAUACCAAUGUUUAUGUAUUCAUUCUCCACAAUACGUGCCAGAAUUCCUAGGGCUUUUUUCUUUUUUUCCCAGUACGUUUGGGGAGAAUGUCCUUUUAAGCGUAAACUGGCAGAGGGGAGUCCACAGCUAUGGAAGGCGUAGCAAGGAGCAGAAGUUCUCGCUUCUGGAGCUUCCCAAAGCACAAACCACACAUCAAUAUCACUAAACCCCAUGGAGAAAGAUUGGCUGUUUACACUGGGCUUUGAUGGAGUAAGUGUAGUCAGGGCAAUAUCCCAGCAUGUAUUUCUAGACUGUACUUUGUACUGCGUGAAUAUUUGUAAUAAAUUGGGCUGUUUCGUGCAUGACUUACAGCGACAGAAUCACAGUGUUGUGACAUUCAGCAUAUGUUGUUAUACCUAUAGAGGUUGUGUUUGUUGGUUGUUUGUUUUUUUUUUGAACCAAAUCUCACUGUUCUUGGUAAACCAGAGCUAAAAUAUUUAUUUUGUUGUAGAACUAAAAGUGUUUGUCAGAC